GAGCUGGCGUGGGGAAAUAAGGAGCAGGCAGAGCAAUGCUCAAAGGCAGACUUGAUCAUUGCUUCUGACGUACUUUAUGAGGCACAUUUUUUCGAAGAUUUAGUGAAAACGUUGGUGGAUUUAUCAAAAGAUACAACGCGUAUCUAUAUUGGCUAUAAACGCCGCGGAUUCAGUCAAGAAGAAGAACAAAUGUUUUGGAAUCUAUGCGAGUCGAAUGGGUUUCAAGUGAUCUUGUUAGAAUACGAUAGGAACCAGGACGUAGACGAUAUCUUGGUUCCACCAAUAGCAGUAGAAAUUGGCGUUCAAAUAUACCGUUUGCUUCCAGUUUAGAUCAAUCACCUCUCUCCUUUAUGUCUCUCAUUUCUCUCUCUCUCUCCUUUUUGUUAUACAUGUCUCAUUAUCACAAAGUAAACAAAAAGUGUGUAUAAAAAGUGAAAAAUAAAACACGCCUACACUUGUUUUGCUUUUUUUUUUGUCCAUGUUUUAUGUUCGAGGAAAGUAUUUCCUUUCAUCGUUCUCUGACCCAACAGCUUUAGACCAAAUAGAAGAAGGAGAUAGUGCUUCCUCGCUCAAAGAACCACUGACACCAUCAAUCAUUAUACACUGCUUUAUAACUGCCGUUGACAUAUUGCCCACGUUUUUACUUGUUGCAUCAUUCAUGUCCAUACUGGCUUAUCUAUAUUCAAUCUUUCUUUUGCCUCUAGUGACAACCUUACCAGUAGAUCCUGUCGUUAACAUCUCAGUUCCCUUAGAUAUUGGGUGUCCCUUACUAAAGCCUAGGUCUACCUCAGCUCAGAGUGUGCAUGAUUUGCGCCCAGAUGAUAUCAAGAUUGUAGCAGGACUGGGAGAUAGCGUCAUGGCUGGAUUCGCUGCAAAAGGUGUUCAAGGACAGUUUCUUAAUAUACAGAAUCUAUAUGAAAAUAGAGGUGUUAGUUUUGCAUUGGGAGGUGACCCGAAUACUAUCACGGUGCCUAACAUACUACAUUAUUAUUCUCACAGUCUUUAUGGUGCGUCUGUAGGAGACCAUCUUAUCAGUAUUUGCUUUGGAAACCAAAUAUGUCCCAAGGGACAGUAUAGAGAGGAUAUCGACAUCCUUAACGCUGCUCAAUCAGGCGCUCGCAGCCUAAAUCUUGAUCAUGAGUUAGAUUACACGAUGGAUGUACUACAAAAAGCAUACGACGACAAUAUAACCAAACCGACAGAUUGGAAGCUGAUUACUAUCUUUAUUGGCUCAAAUGAUAUAUGUCAUAGCUGUACAGAACCUACUUCUUUACCUGUGCCAUUUGCAGCCAAUGUUCAAACCGCUAUCGAACGUAUUCGUAAAUCCAUGUCGCACGUACUGGUACAGAUAAUUGGUAUUAUGAAAGUACAAGAUAUUGUCGUUGCUACUUCCAAUUAUACAGAUUAUUGUAGGCCCAUCAAAGGAAGUAACUUUAUAGGACAUGACCAUGAGUGUGAAUGCUCGCAUUCUGAAGCUAAUCGAACGAUCAUGAACACAUUGUUUCCAGAGUACAAUGCGGCACUUCUGCAGGCGGUGAAUUACUAUAAACAACCUCCGAGUGAUACCUUUGCUGUAGUCUAUCAGCCAUUACUUGUUGAUAUCAUGAGUUUCCCAAUACAAGCUAUCAGUAAUAUCGAUUGCUUUCAUCCUUCAACACUGGCUCAUUCAUGGUUUGCUAAAAUGCUUUGGAGAAUGAUGUUUUUGCCUCCCAAUGAAAAGAACAUAAUGUUAAAAUAUGAUGCAACUGCACCUAUUUAUUGUCCAAAUGAAAAUGACAGGAUUCAAACUUUAUAAAAAAAAAUGUCAUCAUCUCACAAGUUCCUUUAUUGCUGUUAUAGUUUAUAAAAUAGAGAGAUGCUUCUUUUUUGCG